AAAUAGAGCUGUAACAAAUAAAAUGUCCAUGUCCUAUUAUCAUGUGCUAUUAUAACUGGUAUCACUGGAAACAAAUGUUAUUUGUAUAGUCUGCAUGCUGUUUUAUUAUAUAGUCUAUUAUAUAUACGUCAUGACAUUACUCACAGAAGCAUACUUCCAUAUUAUUACAGUGUAUGUUGGGUGAAGAUUACCAGGGCAUUAUUUGAUAAUGACUUUCCUCUGUUCUGAAAGAUUGGAGGAGCUAGCCACAAUGUGUGCCAAAUAUGACAUCCUCCAUGUUGUCAACAAUUCUUAUGGAGUGCAGUCAUCCAAGUGUAUGCACUUUAUUCAGCAGGUCAAGCAUCAGCCUCCCCCUGCCCGGAUGUGCUCAUCACCCUGCUCACCAUGGGGGCCAGCGGCUACAGGAAAAAGGGACAAUCCAUGCCAUCUUUGAGAAGUGCAACAACCACUACACAUGGAAGAAGGUCACCACCACCGUGCACAACAUCAUAGUCGGCAAACUGUGGAUCGACCAGUCUGGAGACAUUGAUGUGGUAAAUCAAGAGACGGGAGAUCGCUGCCAUUUGAAGUUUGCUCCUUACAGCUACUUCUCUAGAGAUGUGGCCAGGAAGGUGAUGGAUAAGGAUGGGAAGGCGCACUAUGUGCUGCCGGGGACCUGGGAUGAGAAGAUGGAGUUCUCCAGGGUCAUGCAGAGCAGCAAGGGAGAGAACGGCACCGAGGGCCAACAGAAGACUGUCUACCAGACGCUCAAGGCCAGGGAGCUGUGGUGGAAAAACCCUCUACCGUGACUACUUCACGAAGCUGGUUGAGAGAAUGCCAACAGUGUGCAAAGCUGCCAAGGGAAAGAGUGGCUACUUUGAAGAAUCUCAAAUCUCAAAUAUAUUUUUAUUUGUUUAACACCUCUUUGUUUACUACAUGAUUCCAUGUGUGUUAUUUCGUAGUUUUGAUGUCUUCACUAUUAUUCUACAAUGUAGAAAAUGUGUAAAAAAUAAAGAAAAAACCUGGAAUGA